AAACCACAUUGAGCAAAACGGCUCGAUCUUCGGUCGCCACAGGCGCAUUCGUUGCAAAACUGCUGCACUGAACUGCACGCUCUGUCGACACAAACCAAAGGCAAACUGAGGCAGACGUUUCAGUGUCUGACCUGACAGACUGCAACCUAAAUUGACGUGUUCUACCCGGUGACACGGUUCUUUGUCUCACCCUUUUUUUUUUCUUUCUAAUUGCAACAUGCCCUGAUUGAUCAUUUUCAUUUAGCGCUUGCUUCUUUUUUUGCACUAACCGUAGCGUGUCGCGACAAUUGCCACGUUUCUAGUUGAUUGGUCGUUUUGAGACAAAAUAGAACAAAAAAAAAGAAUAUAAACAAAACACACGCACCCACCUGAAACGAUGGAUCCGGAAUCGCGCGCUCGAGACGAGCGCGAGGAGCUGCUGGCGGCCGACGAUCCGGACCACGAUGUGCCGUCCAAGGAGGACGAAGAGGGCCUGCUCCCGCGCCGGCCCGCCCCGCCCGGGCGCCGGCUGGGGUCCUCGAUAGCGAUGCUCUUGCUGGUCGCUUUUUCGCUCGUCCUGCUCGGCGGCGCCGCCUUGUCGGGCAUGGUGGUGAUGCAGACGGAGCCCGCUGCGCCGCCGUCCCCGCCGGCUGCCGACGAUCCCGCCAAGGCCAAGACGCCAGAGGAGAGCGGCAAGUCUGGGAUCCUACCCGCGGCCGACGCUUUUGAUCUGAGAAAGACGAACUUCUUCGUCACGGACCAGGAUGCCCAGAUGCGCGAGUACGAGUUCAACAUCACGCGCGUCGAGGUAGAGGGUCCGGAUGGGGUUAAAAAGUCCAUGGUGCUGGUCAACGGGCAGAGUCCGGGUCCGUUGAUUGAGGCCAACUCGGGGGAUCUGGUCAAGGUGGUGGUGCACAACUCCAUGCCUGGCGACGAGAGGACUACCAUCCAUUGGCAUGGAAUCGACCAGCGGGACAGCGUUCAAAUGGAUGGCGUUUGGGGUGUCACCCAGUGUGGAAUUCCACCAGGCGAGAGCUACACCUACGUUUUUGGCGUCCCACAACAAAGGGGCACGUUCUGGUACCACGCGCAUGUCUCGGUGCAAUAUACCGAUGGGUUGUACGGCCCUAUGAUCAUCCACGACCCUACCGAAAAGGUUCCCCGGGUUGAGGAGGACAGGAUUAUUAUGAUUGGUGAUAUGCACCACAUGGAUGGUAGACAGGCAGUCAAGGAAUACCUGAGCCCGUCGUCGAGCUGGAGCCCUGGAAUGUCGGGCAUGGAACCCUACCCCGACAACAUCAUCAUCAACGGCCGCAACGUCUUCAACUGCAGCCAGCCCGAAGAAGGCGAAGAGAUCGUCGGUAAGCGGCACGAAGGGGAGGAGAUGAAAUGUGCCAGUGGCACCCGCUUCAACUCGCGCAUCAAGAGCAACACCGCAGCCCGCCUCCGUAUCAUCAGCCACAGCUCCAACACCCCGAUGUGGUUCACCGUCGACAACCACACGCUCGAGAUAGUGGAGAUGGACGGCGUCGAGGUCGAGCCGGUGGCCACCACCAAAAUCUUCAUCAACCCAGGCCAGCGAUACUCGGCGAUCCUGCGCGCCAACCAGACGGCCGGUAACUACCUGAUGCGCGCCAUCGCGACGUGCGCCAUGCUGGACCCGAACCCGCACUCCAACUUUGCCAGCGUGAACUCUCAGGGAACGGCCAUCCUCUCGUACGACGACGUCGACGCCGCUGCUGCCCUUAUCGGCAAGCCGUGGGAUCUCGGGGCGUUCGUCGCUAGCAAGGAUGUCGGGACAGAGCCUUGGCAUAAUCGAUGCUCAGACUUGCCGUUCGAUUUGACCAAGCCCAUGAGGCCUAUCGAUGCGUACGAGGUUGGAGACAAGAACAGGCAUUAUUUUAUGUUUAGGUUUGUGGAUGAUGGCAAGGGUGUCCAGCACACCUCUAUCAACGAAACCAUCUUCACCCGCCUCGACAACGAAGCAACAAUCUGGCAAGUCCCCGACUUUGACGAGACCUCGGCGGCGGCAUCCUCGGCAAACUCGACGAUACCGCUGGGCGGCGUCUUCCAGCCGAGCCAGCACGUCCUCUACUCGGCCGACGAGACCAAGGGCGCCGAGAUCGCCAUCAGCGCCGGCAACAUGAUGAGCCACCCGUGGCACCUGCACGGGCAGCAGUUCCAGAUCGUCGGCUGGGGCAGGGGCGAGUUUGGCCGGUCAAAGACGACGUGGAACCUCGCGAACCCGACCAGGCGAGACACGGUCACGGUCCCGGGCCACUCGCACGUCGUCAUCCGCUACAAAGCCGACAACCCGGGCGUGUGGGCGCUUCAUUGCCAUAUCCAGUGGCAUGCCGAGGGUGGCAUGUUUAUGCAGACGGCCCAGCGUGUCAGCGCUCUAAAGAAACUAAUUGAUGGGAUGGGGGCGCAGGGGACCGACGAUGUUCGGCAUAAAUUCUGCAAGCAGCCGGGUAAAUCGUAAACAAUGUGUAAUUCUCUAGACAAAGGACGGCUCCAUGUUUGUUUGUUUCUUUACUUCUAUAUUUCUUUUCCCGUUUCUUUUGCUCUGAAUUUGAAGAUACCCGGAGAUGCUGUUGUGUUCCAUUCAUUGGUGCUGGGCACCCCUUUGUACAUAUCCUGCCACUCGAAUGAUUUGAGAAACACGCGUCUUACGUUUGGAGUUUCUAACCACGUCAACAUUUUUUGGAUGCUCUUGCAUAUUACCGUGCCUUUAUAUGCAAAUGCC